GUGAGCGCUGAACGCGCAGAGACACCAGUGCGCAAAGGAAACCCUUCACAUGGAAAAUCUCUUGUUUUCUGAGGCUGCUUCCUCAUUCACCACCGAUUCGAUUCAAAGGAUUUUUUAGAAAAAGCAAAAAGAAAAGCAGUUCCACUGAGAAGAAUAAAAUAUAAGAAUUUAAAAGGAGAAAUAAUCCAAAUCUGCUCUGCGUUAUUUAAGCAGUAUCCUCAUCUAAAGCAGAAGAAAGUACAGAAUGAACAACAGAGACCGAUGGAGAGUGUACAAGAGGGUGUGUGCCAUGUUCCUCCUGGCUGUGGUGGCACUUACCGUUGUCCAGAGGAGCAGCAUCAACAUGGGGGCUCCCUUUGAGCUGGAGCGCCAGGCUCGCAUGCAUCUUUCCCAGCUAUCUGACCCUGAAGCCCCCCCAGAGAAAAAAACUCCCUCACUCCUGGGGUUUAAGAGCUUCUGGAAGGUUGGUAGGCAGAAGCCACAGACCAAUGCCUGGGCCACCCCAGAAGAGCCCAAGUUUACAGACAACAUCAGCCCUGGUAGCUGGGACAUAACCAGCUCCAACUGCAGUGCCAACCUCAACUUCUCAAGCCAAGCGUGGUUCCAAGGACUUGAAGAGAACUUUAGACAGUUCUUGCUUUAUCGCCACUGCCGCUUCUUCCCCAUGAUUCUCAACCACCAAGAAAAGUGCACAGGGGAGAUUUAUUUGCUCAUGGUGAUUAAAUCAGUGGCUACCCAGCAUGACCGUAGAGAAGUUAUUAGAAAAACUUGGGGAAAGGAGCAAGUGAUCAACGGUAAGAGGAUAAAAACCCUCUUUCUACUUGGAAAGCCUUCAAAUGAGGCAGAAAGAGCUAACCAUCAAAAACUAGUAGAGUAUGAAGACUAUAUAUAUGGAGAUAUUCUUCAGUGGGACUUCUUAGACAGUUUUUUCAAUCUGACACUGAAAGAGACUCACUUUCUCAAGUGGUUCCAUACCUACUGCCCAAGAGUGCAAUAUGUCUUCAAGGGGGAUGACGACGUGUUUGUGAGCGUUGAGAACAUUUUUGAGUUCCUUCAAGACAGCAGCCAUGACAAAAACCUAUUCAUAGGGGAUGUGAUCUUCAAGGCUAAGCCCAUCCGUAAGAAGGAAAACAAAUAUUAUAUCCCCCAGGCUUUGUAUAAUAAAACCUAUUACCCGCCCUACGCUGGGGGCGGGGGGUUUCUCAUGCAUGGGAUGCUGGCGAGGAGGCUUCACUGGGCUGCUGAGACCCUUGAGCUGUACCCCAUCGACGAUGUGUUCUUGGGGAUGUGUCUGGAGGCGCUGCAGGUCACGCCGGUAAAACACAACGCCUUCAAGACAUUUGGCCUGGUGAAAAACAAAAAUAGUAAAAUGAACCGGGAGCCUUGUUUCUUCAAAAACAUGAUAGUGGUGCACAAGCUCCUUCCAUCGGACCUCAUGCACAUGUGGUAUCUGGUCAACAGUGACCUGAACUGUUCAAAGAAAGUGGAACUCCUAUAGCUCCAGGAGAACAAAGGACUAAAGCUGAACUUUACCACAGGGAAUGGCAAAUACUGUGCUGCAAAUGCAGCAAAGGAGAAAGCAAACUUUUAUGGAAACUCUCCUUUAUGUGGAGAGAGACAAAGUCAAUAUUUAAUUUGCUGAUUCUGAGCAGCAAUGGGUGUUUUAGAGGAGUUUCUUCAAAUGUCAAGUAAAUUAUUGCAAUUUCUAAAACUUUAUGAAGAUUUGUAAGUUUUUAUGUAUGUACUAUGUUGGCACUCAAAUUCAGAGACAGCAUUUAUCAAUUUUCUGCUAUUUAAUAUGGUGCUGUGGGCUCGCCUGUGAAUGUUCAAACAUGCUCUCACCUCGCCUGAAGCAGUCAUACAUGCCUUCCUCCUCACACUUUCCGUUAUUCGAACAACAAUUCUACCAAUUAAUAAACUUACAUUUCAAAAGUACAAGCAGCACAUAUUCAAAAGCACCUUCAGCAAUUUCAUAGAGCAAUUACAGAAAAAACAUUCAGCUGCAUAAAAGUAGAAGUCCCAAAGCUUUUGUUUGACAUCAAGGUCACUCAUGCUCUACAGUAAAUAUUAGUAAAUAAUUUCAACUUAGGUAAAGGAAAGCUUAACUCAAAAAUGCAAACAGCUUUUUAACAAUAGGAUACUGAUUAUAAACAACACCGUAUAACUACUUGGCUUUCUGUCAAAAUAAAACAGCUAGAUUCUUUGCUAAAACUAGGCUGGCUUAACGUCAUCUUAAAUGUCUAUCCUCUUUUUUGUUUGCCAAAGUUUUAAAGGCAAGAAUGAAGUUUUGUUUAAAUAAUUUAUUUAAAAUGACAAAGUUUAGUAAAUCUACAUUAAUCAUUCUGUAAUGCUUAAUUUGUUUUGGAAGUUGGGGGUAAGAUCUGGGAAUGAGGUCAUAUCCUGUUCUACUUGCAAGUUACAAGUGGUAGAAAAAAUGAUGCGGGUUGAAGCGAAAUAGUGGCAAUAUAAUGGGGGAAAUGCAUUUUCCUUCACUUUAGGUUUUUUAAACAAUAAAAGAAGGAUUUAGCUCAUAUUGAUUUGACCACAUUAUGUGUGCAAUCAGUUUUAUAGAAAAAUCCAAAGUGCCUACGAAUAGCACACUUCCAGCUCUGACAUAAAAAAAAAGCAUAUGUAC